AUGGUGGAGGCACAGUCAUGGACAACUCGCCGGAGCAGCAACCCUAGGUUCGAAACCUCCGUGGACAUCCCCUCCACACCGACCGGAGAAGUUCGAUACGGCACCACGAACAACAUCUUCGCCUCCUUCUCCGCCACAUCAUUCGUCUCUCCCACUAUCCUCACUGCACUCAUUAUCGCGUCAUGUCUCAUCGCAAUUCGUUGGUUUCAAGUCGUGCCGUUCCAGCAGAUUUUAUCGCGAAAACAAUUUCUGAAGAUCUUCGCCUUAUCUGCUAUUUUUUGCUUUUCGGUUGUUUGUGGAAAUACGUCAUUGAGAUAUCUACCUGUUUCGUUUAAUCAAGCUAUUGGCGCAACUACGCCUUUUUUCACAGCUAUCUUCGCUUUCCUGAUUACUUGUAAGAAGGAAUCUGCUGAGGUUUACUUAGCGUUAAUGCCUGUCGUUUUCGGUAUAGUUUUGGCGAGUAAUAGCGAGCCUUUGUUUCAUUUGUUUGGUUUUUUGAUGUGUGUGGGAUCGACCGCCGGCAGAGCGUUGAAAUCGGUGGUGCAAGGGUUAUUGUUGACUUCAGAUUCGGAGAAACUCCAUUCGAUGAACCUAUUGUUGUAUAUGGCGCCAAUGGCAGCCAUGAUAUUAUUACCUCUCACUUUGUACAUAGAAGGAAACGUGUUCUCAAAGACAAUUGAUAAAGCGAGAAACGAUUCGUUUAUGGUGUUUUUGUUGAUCGGAAAUGCUACGGUGGCGUAUUUGGUGAACUUGACGAACUUUCUGGUCACAAAACACACGAGUGCCCUGACUUUGCAGGUGCUCGGAAACGCCAAGGCGGCUGUAGCGGCGGUGGUGUCUGUUUUAAUUUUUAAGAAUCCGGUGAAUGUUAUGGGAAUUUCAGGGUUCGCCGUGACAAUAAUGGGAGUGGUUCUUUACAGUGAAGCAAAAAAGAGAUCGAAAGUUACAGCUCAUUGA